AUGCCUCCCGGUGUGCCUGGCAGCUCGGUGCCCAAGGGCUGCGGCAAGGGCGCCAAGGGCAAGGGCAAUGGGAAGGACAAGUCUGGCCACAAGGAUGACAACGCCGACCUCCACAGCAACAUGGGCGGCAGCGCGAUGAACGUCAAGACCGAGGGGCCACCAUCUGCCAAGGCGCCUCGUCGACCAGGUGCUGCGGGAGCAGCGUCUGCAUCCACGGCGUCUCCCGCGGGGAAGACCGCCCCCAACAGGGCCGCCGAGCCCCGCCCCUACUUGACGAACAGCGGCGUGGACGCCUACAUGGAUGAGCUGACCGAGGCGCCCUCGAAGUGCGGCCGCAAUGAUUGCCCCAACACUCUUGCCAAGGCUGGUGACAACGAGGAGUUCCGCUGCAAGGAGUGGGGUAACUACAGCUUCGAGUGGAAGAAGGUCUACUUCCCUGCGGGACCCGCGUGCUGGCUCUGCGGGCCAGUGUGCAACACCUUCGCUUUCGUCGGAACCCCCGCAGCGGUCAUCGACAAGUGCAAUGAGGACCCGAGCUUUGCGGAGGUGUUUGUCGCCGCCGUGCGGUCUAGCCAGCACCGCGCCUUCUUCUACUCCAGCGACGUGUACCGCAACCAGUCGCACUUCACCAGGGUUUCGAAGCGCAAGCGUGGACUCACUGCCGCAGAGUUCGAGGAACACUUUAAGCAGAGCCACGAGGUUGAGGGCUUCAAGCUCUCGCUUGUCGACAACCCUGACGACCCGACCAGCAAGAUGCAAGUGGUGCUGGUCAACGAAACUGGUCGGCUGGGCGACGUGGGCGUCCUCGUCGAGUACGGCGUCUCGCGCAGCACGUCCGAGGACGAGUGCAGGCUGAUAGCGGGGGACCAGCUGGUGGCGUCCCAAGGCAAGGACUGCUUCGCCGAGAUGGUUCGUCCGAGUGGCCAGGAGGACGCCCAGUACAAGCGAUGCCGCCUUCAGAACAUCAGCUACGACAACUGCCUCCCGAAGGCCACUGCGACCCCCAAUGGCGACGACCAGACGAAGGCCGACGAAGAAGGUCUGGCAGAUGCUGGCGACGACUUGGAUCAAGUGUCUCCCGAGCAGGAGCCGCCUGCGAAGUUCGGCUAUUGGACCAAACUUACCAAGGGGAGGUGGGGCUUCGUCGCUACCGUGGUCGAGUGCAGGGACUACGAAGAUGACAAGAACGAUGACGACGACGAUGCCGCCACCGUUAUCGGGGGGGCGCCGUCCAACGCCCCGCUCAAGCUCGGGGAGAACUUCGAGAGCGUGCUGAACGAUAAGAUCAAGGCCAUCAACCUCACCACCAUCGCGAGUGGACUGAACAGCCUCGGGCACAAGAGGGCGCGGCUGAAAGGCAGGAGGGACCAGUUCAGCCUAUCCACAAACCAAACUGAGCUCGACGCUGCGGGGCUCAUCACGAAGCGCCUCGACUUGGCGGCCUACGCCGAGGAUUUGGCGAAGCCAGAACUGCUGCACACGUUGCCCAAGGAUGCGUUCGAGUCCAAGAUGACUGCUCUAGUCUCGACGGGCAUGGUAUUACCGGUAUCGCUGGCAGUGGAGAUAAGCAACAGAGCUGCAUCGGCAUUGGGGUUGGAGUUAACCAGCGGCGGCUCCGAUGAUUACGCAACUUUCUUCAAGAUCGCAUUGCCUUCGAGGGUUCCGCCUGCUGAUGGCGAGGAUCCGCUGGCGUCUCCCGAGGGCGAAGCUGGCUUUGAUUGGCGGGAUCCUUGUGGCUUCCAAAUCCCUGGCGACGCAGCGUCGAAGGUGGUACGGUUCGAAAGCGCUACAUUCUCCUACUUGUUUUGUCCGCUGCUGAGAAGCUGGUCCACGACGCGAUCCACGGAGCAGUGCAUUCAGCUGUGCCAGCAGGUGGACCAGAUCUUGAUCAACUCCGUGGCGGAAGACGCGGAUGAGGAGAUCCAGUUGAGCGUGAACUCCGCGGUGGAGUGUCUGCGGGCAGCCCAGUGCGUCAUGGACCCCGACCCGUUGAACUUCAGGUUCGCCAGCGACUUCGACGCGGUGACGGCCGCGGAGCCGAUCAGCGAGUCUCAGUGGAAGGGCCUCAGGUACCUCUUCAACGAGCGGAUGUGCGAGACGACCACGUUCGCGAGCAACGUCACGUCCAUCAAGAGGACCAAGGUGACCCACCCGCUCAGCGUGGACAAGAUCCUCGCGGCCACGAAGGUCCUCACUGGGUACACCGACGCGGUUGCAGUCAUGCCGCAGCUGGAGGACGUGGUGAGGACCAUGGCAACUCUGAGGAAGAGCUCGCGCGAGGGUGCUACUAAGGAGCUCGAGACGAAGAUGUUGGCCUACCUGGAAGCGUUGGUGCAACGUAUCGCGGCCGCUUGGAAGUCCAACGCCACGGAGUCUGCGGCGAUUGGCAGCACGAUCGAGGAGUUGAAAAAUACGCAACGCUUUUUGACGAUCGCGCAGGACAGCGGCUGCUUCAGGAUCAGUGCCAAGGUCACCGCGGCCAAGGAGGCUUGCUUGGAGAUCGGGCGCCUCAUGAGCAUCGAGGUGUCAAAGGAAGGGUUUGGCAACACCAUCAGCGCGAUCCAGCCAGCCGACUUGAUGGUUACCGACGCCAGGGAGAGUUUCAUCGUCAAGGUUAACGAGAUCUUGCGCGUGGCCGAUCUGGAGAACCCCUUCCCAGUCCCCGUCAGAACAGCCACCGUCGAUCUCUUGAAGGGCGUGUUCGAACAGAUGGUCGGGAAUCUUGAUCACCUCAACAGCGACACGGUCGGGCUCGUCGGGCACGUGAUCCAGAUAUUGCACCCGAGCUCUCCCGAGAGGCGUGAUUGGAACGCUGCGCACCGAUUGCUGGGCACCGUCGCCGACGCCAGGACCGACUUUCGCAAGUAUGUAGCGUCUGGACAGGACUCCGCAGCCAGGGCUAGCAUGGACUCCGACGGCUCGGCGUUGAAGGGCCUCUACAGCGCCCGCAAGGCGAUCGAGGCGCAGUUCAGGCAGCUCGCCGCCUCUUUCAGGCAGGACGCUUUGAUAAGGGAGCUUCAGGACAGCAUCGAGCGGACUAUCGUGGCUGAUGCAGCGAGUCGCUACGAAGCAUGCAAGGUCGCCGCCACGGCGCUGUGGACCACGCCCAUCGACGACCGCGACGAGAACAAGAGGACCCUCGACCAGUCGUACGCUGGCACCUUCGACGGCUCGGGCUGGCAUGAAACGCUGGUCGGCGAGAGCAGCUUCCAGGCGGUCUACAAGCACGCGGCGAAGACGCUCCUCACGCUCAAUCCCACUUCGUUCAAGACGCGGGCAACGGAAGCACAGAAGGCUUUCGAACAGGCCAGAGAGCAGCGCGAAGCCUUCGACACGCAGGCUGAUGUCCAGUGGGAGGCCUCGCUGGAGACCAAGAUCAAGAAAGCAUUCACUACCAGUAAGGAGGCGACCAUCCUCGGAGUUAUGGCGACGGUCAAAGAUAAGAAUCAGCUCCAGAGGAAAUGCCGUGCAGAGAGGAACUCGGGCAACGCGCGCAAGCCGAACAGUUACGAGAACGCCCACCCGUGGAUCAAGAAGCACGUCGAGGACGCGAUCAACCUGGUCCCCUUGCAGUAG